AUGGCCUCUAGAGAUGUAAGACGAUAGCAGGUCUCUAUACUGGAGUGGCUGUUGAACCAUACAACAACGCGGGUUUAAGGGAACUGCACAUUGAAAAUAAAAAUUUCACCUAUGUUUUCAUUGAAAAUCUGGCAAAAGCCAAGCUUAUUAAACUGAGUCAUUCUGCCGGUUUCGCGAUGUCUAUCAACAAUCUGCACCCAAUCGUUUAUUUUUUUUUUACAUAUUGCAUGCAUAAAAUGAUAAUUUGUUUCGGAUCACAACAAGACCAACAUAAACCUUUCGGGACCAACUUUUGCAUAAAUUUUGGGGGUGCACACACUCAUAUAGGGAUUGUUUUUGAGAAUUAGGCAGGACGUAGGAGAACAUGCAAACGUCAGUAACAGUGUGUUAUUGCCGAAAACAUGAGGCUGCGUUUACUAAUAAUUCAAAAUGACUGAUAUAUGCUGGUUAUAACAACCUCAUAUCACUGUACUUGUAUCUUAAAAUUUAUAUAUUUUAAAUAAAGCAUAAAAACAUCCGUUGUGGAUGAGUACCUGUUAAGAACCCAAAAAAUAUUUUAAAAUUUAUAAGAUUUUAUUACGAUAUACUGCUGUAUAUGACUGCCAAGUGCAUACUUAUACCAAAAGAGGACGAAAAUACAAAAGUCUGCAUUGCAUAAACAAACACCUCAGAACCCAACUACUUUAAAAAACAUUUUCAACUAUGACAAUUCAGAACUAAAAUCAAGCGAACACAUUCACUAUUAAAUGUUCUUGCAAUAGCUAGAGGCAAUUCAAUCAGACUUAAUGUUCAAAGAGAUGCGAGUUCUCUGACUGAAUCAUUCGAACAAAAACAUGACACAAGUUGUCAAUUUCACAACGAAAUGACACUAUUAGUUCAUAUAGGAUCUAAAUAAAUUAGAAAUCCGGUAAAAACAUGCACCUGCCAGUAAUAUUUAACUUUCAAAAAAAUUCAUCCGAUCGUUAGUUAGCUACAACACUAUAAUUCACCUAUUUUUGUUCCUAAGCCUACUUUUUUGCAAGACAUUCUCAGCGAAGCAUGUUCGCAUCUCGCCUCCUUUUCAUCGCAUUUUCUUCGGCAUUAUUGCACAGAACAUCAUGAAAUCCCACAUUCAUGUAUUAGUUUUAUAUAAAGUUGCCUGUUUCUUUUUCGUCAGAAGACUGAGUGAGCGAUGGAUACAAGCAAGUGUUAAAAUACGCCAUUUCAUAUUCAAAGCGAAAUGUUCGUUCGCACAGUCUCCAUUCAUUGCCUUGCCGUCUAAUUCGCAGUGUAAGUGAAGGUGUUAAAAGAUCAAGUUCUGUGAAAAACUUAGAAAAUUACAAAAUAAAAAUUACAAAUUACUUAAUAUUUAAUUGGCUAAUAUCUCAGAUAAUUACAAAAUGAUAGUUUAGUCUCCGUCGGUUAUAGUUUUUCUUCAAAUUAAAGAAGUGUUUCAUGUUUUUGAAAAAUGUACCUGCAUGCAUAGUUCGUUGUCGAUGAAUAUACCGGGUGGCGCAAAAAAAAGUUCACGCGUUUGAUUUAGUACAGCGAAAAAACUAUAAGUGUUACGUUCCUCAAAUAAAUGUUAUCCUAUCCAGGAAGGCCUAACUUAAAUUUUGAUGUAUAACACAUGCAUUUUUGUUUAGUAUUACCCAAGAUAUUGGUAAAUCAAUUUGAAUAUGCAAUUUCAAAAGGUUCCAAAAUUAGCUGAAAAUAGCCUAUUAAAUACGAGUAAAGGAAUUAACGAUAUAUGAAGAACACAACGGCAGUAAAUAACGCGUUUAUCAUGGAAAAUUAAAUAACUAUAUUCUUGCACGUGUGACCAUACUAUCGAACGAAUUAACGUUGGAUUUAUUUGCUGGUCAAAGUUAUGGCAAUCAGCAAUAAUCGCUUCACGAAGCUGUCUCAAAUUGUUCGGUUGUUGCUCAAAUUGUUCGGUUGUUGAUCUAAUUUAAUUCCCUGUAGCUAUGGGACAUGGAAUACUGCGAAGCAAUUCUUAAUUAAAAGAGCCAUCUUUUUCGAAAUUUUGUUGCUUUUCAAAUGAUAAUAAAACAAAUAAAUAAAUGAGGAAAAUCAUUCGUUACACGUUUCAAUUCAAAUUAAAUUCAUACAAGCGAAUAUGUCUGACGAAAUUCUAAAAUUUAUCAAAACAGUUUAAUAGGCCAUUUUUAGCCAAUUUGUCAGAUUUUCAAAACUUCGUUCCAAAUUUUAUUUGGCGAUAUCCCAGUCAAUAUUGCACGUAAAUAAACAUGCUAUAUAGCUCAAAAUUUAAGUUAGACUUUUAUGAAUACAGCUACGUUUAUUUCAGCGAUGUAACCCUUAUAGUUUUUUCGCUGUACUAAAUCAAACACGUGAACAUUUUUUUGCGCCACCCGGUAUAUAAUCACCUAAAUUAUUGUCGAAAACUGUUGUUUCACAAGCACUGCCUCGAGAAACGCAGAAAAAUUGUGAAAAGUAAUUGUGUAAAUUAAUUUAAGAAGGUUAUGUUAAGUCAACUUAAUGUUAAUCCGAAUCCUUAUUGAGAUUAUUUUACUUCUAGCUGGAAUUAAGAAAGUCCUUCAAACAUCGGAAGAAAAUUCAGAUUUUGGAAGCGUUGGAGGAGGAACAUUUGACAAAGGUAAAAUAAUCGAAUCGAAAAGAAAACCAAAAUUAUAUGUCUAUAAUCAAUUUUAGUGGAUACAAAGUAAUUAAUUAAUUUGUUCUAAUUAUUAGGCGAACUUAAUUAAAAUACAAUAUAUAAGUAUAAAUUUUGCAUAUCAAAUGAGCUUUCGCGCGUUCUGAUUGGCUAGUUGACCAGUAAAUCUGAGGCAUUAUUUACCACCUGGGUAGUAAAUAAUGCUUUUCAAAAAGAAUGAUUCGGCAAAUUUGGUUUCAAAAUCGACAAAAUAUUUUAAAAAAUCGUCCCCAUGCAGAAAACGAAAGAAGCACAAAAUGUUGUAUUUAACUUGAAAGGUAGGAUUAUUUGAUUAUUUUAGUGUGUCAAACAUAUUCACGGACAAUUUAAUUAAAGCUUAUUUAAAACACCGAAACAUUCACUUCAAACAAAUAGCAAAAACCAUCCGGUCUGUUGGGAAAAACCUUGCCGUGAUAUUCUUUAAAAUCCAUUUUAUUUUGUGUGCUAUAUGUUUCCCAAUUUGUACGAUACUAUUUCUUUGAUAUGUCAUGUUUUCAUUGUGCUGUAUGGUGUUCUGACCGCUGUAUUGUGUUUUCGAAACUUGUAAAGUAAAAAGAGUUAUUAAAACUUUAUUUCGAACGACAUAGUUGUACAUUUCAUUUUACCAAAUGCCUCAGCCUUUUCCUCAAGACAUUAAUGCUAAACAGAAACUAUUUUUAAAGGUGAAAGAGUCAUCCGUUAAACAAGGGGGAAUUUCGUUCUCGACCAAUCAGCGCUUUUGUUUACAUUUUUGCCCUAAGCCAAUCAGAAUGCGUAAAACGCUUCAUCACAUGAAAUUUGUAAACAAACAUAUGGGGUUACUUCAGAGCUUUUCUGCAAGCGGUUUUUUUGUUUUUUGCCAUGAAAUUCAUAUAUGUUGUUCUUAAAAGGAUUCUCCUCAACUUCCUCGUGGCGAUUUUUGAUUAAUUGCGUGAUUGCGAAGAUAUGGGUCUUCAAACUUUGCCUUGCGCAAGCUUAAAUACCACCCCUCGAAUUUGUAGGUUCCGAACGGAUUAGCGUUUUUAAAAGCCUUUCAAAUCGAGGUUUGAGACGUUUUAUUUUUUAAAAGAUACUUUUAUCUUCAUAUUUUCACAUUAACUUAUUAAUAUCCUGUGUAACAAGUAAACAGGACAUUUCCGGGCCGGGACAAGUUGACAUGUCGAUUUCUUGCCAAACAGCGUGGCGAUCAAUAUGGCGAAUAUUUAAAUACAGGGAAUUUUUAAAAUUUUGUUGGUAUAAAUGGGAUAAAGAAGCUCAUCAAAUAUUUGGACUAUGGACCUUCAAACUUUGCCAAGUAUUUAUUUGAUUGAUUAGCUCAAUAACUGUUUUUUGGCCCGUUUUUCGUCGAUUUCGACAUUUAGUCGAGCUUCGUCGACUUCAAAAUAAUGUGUCAACAUUGCGUGUUGCACCCUCUGGACAUGAAUAUUUUCGUUUGUUUGACAAUAACACCUGUCUUCAUUGGUUAUAUUCAUUGGUCUCAGAGUCCUAAACUUAAGGAAGAUGGAUGACAUUGGGACAGAAUGAUUUUGUUCAAUGUUGCUGUUCAGGUAUCAAAAUUUAUGGACAUAUACCUGUAUAUGAACUUCAUUGUUUUUUUACUUCAUCUGGCUCACUUGUCACAAUUGGGCCCUGUCCAUAUUACCUGGCUAGGUGGGAGACGACAUUUGCCAGUAUGUUCUAUCCUAUCCUGCUACUAUCGGCCUAGCUAAGCGUGAGGUUUCCAUUGCCAGAAUCCUGGCUAUAUGUAAGCCAAGAAAUUCACCAUAUACAAUAAGGAUCAAUAAGCACUGUAUACCAAACAGGCAACAUGAAUUAGGCUUCAAGCAUGUGUUCUGGAUAGUCUAGAUCAUAUAAACAGGUCCCCAAUAGAUCCCGAUCUACUAUAAUUGAAACAUUUUAGUCCAUAAAUUUGUGCAUUACCAGAAUACCUGUGCACAAAUGAAUAUUUUACACAUAUUAUAUAAUGCAAUCCCAUAUUAAGCCCCCAGUAACCUCACAAAUAGGCCUCCCUUCCAAAAAUCAGAUCUCCCUUCCAAAAAUAAGCUCUCCCUGUUAAGGGCUGUCAAAAUGGGCCAUGCUAGCCCAGCAAACAUGGCUGGAUUUUCUUUUCAGGGCUAGUUUGUCAUUUGCCUCACAGGAGCCAGGCUAACCUGGCAACUGUUGUCAAGAAAUUUGUGUGAAAUGCUGGUUAAUUUGUUAAUGACAACAGCUUCAGAAGGCUUAUAUUAAUCAAUUUCUUACUUACUUGGGCCAAAUUGUGUAUUUUAACAUGAUUUUUAGUCGAGUGAGCUGGUUGGCCAGCUUAUGACCUUUAUUAGUGUGAGACUCCCAAUGUAGGAUAUCAACUUGCUCAAGCAAAUGCUGGGCCAAUAAAUUCAACCAGGCUGUUUCAUGUGAAUGCAAUCUCAAACAUUAAUUUAUAUAUGAGGCAGUAUCUUACCAUGGGCAGGUGUAUAUUUAGCCCAUAUAAAUGGGCAAGACCAGCUUGUAUGCCCAGUGUGAUAUACUACUGACAAUACCUGGUUGAUUCUACAAGAUUAUGGCCUAAAAUGUUCCAAUUGUAGUUUCAGGAUCUGCUAAGGGUCUGUUGAUAUGAUCUGGGCUAGGCAGCAUGGGACCCUAAAGGCAAGUUCAUGUUGCCUGGUUGUGGGAUAGAAUGUUUACUGUAAAUGGUGAAUUUCUUGGCUUGCAUAGUUGGGAUUCUGGCAAUGGAUACCUUGUGCUUAGUCAGGAUAGUAUAUCGGCAAUACUAGCAAAUGUUGUCUCCUGCCUAGCCAGGUCAUAAGAACAGGCCCCAUUUGUGACUAGUGGGCAGUAGCGUAGCCAGCCAGACGAUUUAGUCCCGCUAUGCAAAUAUUUUCGUGUUCAUUGACUGUAAAAACAAUCAAUUUCUAAAGAAAUGAAUAAUGAUAAUAAUUUUGAAUUUGCAUAGCGGGACAAAAUUGUCGGGCUGGCUACGCCACUGCUAGUGGGCCAGAUUAAGGAAGAAACAAUGAAGGUCCUAUGACUAUGCUCUGUGACUAUAUAUGUCCAUAAAUUUUGAUAUCUGAACAAAAUUUUGAUAUUUGUCCCAAAGUCACCCAUCUUCCUUAAGUUUAGGACUCUGAGACCAAUGAAUAUAUUGUCAUUCAAGGAUUAAAAACAGUGAAGAAAAGUGUUAUGGUCAAACAAACGAAAAUAUUCAUAUCCACAGGCUGCAACACGCAAUGUUGACACAUUAUUUUGAAGUCGACUAAGCUCGACUAAAUGUCGAAAUCGACGAAAAACGAGCCAAAAAACAGUUAUUGAGCCAAUCAAUCAAAUAAAUACUUGGCAUAAGUUUGAAGGUCCAUAGUCCAAAUAUUUGAUGAGCUUCUUUAUCCCAUUUAUACCAACAAAAUUUUAAAAAUUCCCUGUAUUUAGAUAUUCGCCAUAUUGUUCGCCACGCUGUUUGGCAAGAAAUCGACAUGUCAACUUGUCCCGGCCCGGAAAUGCCCUGUUUACUUGUUACACAGGAUAUUAAUAAAUUAAUGUGAAAAUAUGAAGAUAAAAGUAUCUUUUAAAAAAUAAAACCUCUCAAACCUCGAUUUGAAAGGCUUUUAAAAACACUAAUCCGUUCGCAACCUACAAAUUCGAGGGGUGGUAUUUAAGCCUGCGCAACGCAAAGUUUGAAGACCCAUAUCUUCGCAAUCACGCAAUUAAUCAAAAAUCGCCACGAGGAAGUUGAGGAGAAUUAUUUUAAGAACAACAUAUAUGAAUUUCAUGGCAAAAAACAAAAAAACCGCUUGCAGAAAAGCUCUGAAGUAACCCCAUAUGUUUGUUUACAAAUUUUAUGUGAUGAAGCGUUUUACGCAUUCUGAUUGGCUUAGGGCAAAAAUGUAAACAAAAGCGCUGAUUGGUCGAGAACGAAAUUCCCCCUUGUUAUUCCGUUAUUGUAUUUAUAUUCCUAGCAGAAAUCGAGAAAAACAACUCUGUAAUGAAGCAAUAAAUUCACACAAGAAGCCAUUUUGAAAGCGUGUGGUACAAGAAACACUGCAACACUAUUAGUGAACAGACCGAAAACAGUUUUAUUUCUGAAAUUUAAUUGAACUGAUAUUCGGAUAUUCAUUUUUAUUCAUUAAACAUUUAUACUAAAACAACUAUUCGCCUCAGGCUCAGUGAUUACGGUAAAUAUUCACCUCGACUUCGUCUGGGUGAAUAUUCAUCGGCAAUCACUUCGCCUUCUGCGAAUAAUUGUUAAAUAUAAUAGAUCUUCCAUAUCGUUAUUAUAAGAGCAAUUUUUUCAAUGUCGCGUAUUUGCAAUGAAAAAUGUUCGAAACUUAAAAUCAUUGGGGCGUUCCUUUCAAAAUUACUUUGUCCAGCUUUAUUUUGUAGUUUAUACAGUUGGCAACCUUUUUAAAUGUAUCAAUCGGUUGAAAAAUACACAUACAAUAGUUAAAUAUUGUCAAUUUAAAUACAAUUAUCAUUGAUGCUGAAAAAUUGACCACACAUUUAUACAACAAUAGGCUAUAAGUAAAACUUACUAAAUUUCACUCAUAUUUUUUUCUUUCGCUUACCAUCUAAAUUCUGCUCAGUUGAGCAUAAUUUUACAGAUCAAGCACUGCAUGAACAUACUUUUUAAGUUUGUUUGCCGCUUGAGAAACGUAUCGAAAAAUAAAAAUGUUGAAUGUGGUCAUAACCAAGUGGAAACGUAUAUUCAUUAUUUAGUGUUGCGUAACAUAAAAAAGAUCGUCCUUUUAAAGGCCAUCUCCACUAUCAAGCUACAGGUGUUUUAACAAGUGCACUAAUAAUACCAUGUUUCUCAUUAGCAUAACACUUUGAGUUAUGGGAGUUCGGAUAACCAGAAAUUUGCACAUGUUAACUAUAAAUAGUCUGCAAAUUAUAAUAAAUCGUAAUAUCGAAUUCCGGCUGCAUUUCACAGAAAUCCUAAACAUAGAAUAAAUUCCGUUAUAUCAACAUUCCGGGUAAUAACUCUCCCUUCCAAGGUGAACACAUCACGAUGACAUUGCUUGCAACCAAAAGUACCAUUGACAGUAACCUUUUUGAGUUUGGCUGAUCGUCUACUGGAAGCAACUCAACACUGUAGCGGUUCGGUUGCAGAUCCUGCGGUUGGCGGUUGCAGUUCCUGCCACGUAGAAUUUCACUACUAACUGGAAAACCAAAGUGUUGUGUCCCGUCGCUUUCCCAAUAAUAUAAAAUUGAGUGUGCCAUCUAUCGAGAUUUUGUUGGCAUCUCACUCAAUUCAGUAUAAUAGUUGAAGGGUCUUAUAGAUGGAAAUUGUGGAGUCAAAAUUUAUGUACAUUUUUUAGACCUACAGCAGAACCAGGAACAGUUGCGAAAGUAUCCUGCAAGUAUCCUGGUAUAGUUGCAUUUUUGCAGCUGUUCCUGGUUAGGUCUAAAAUAUAUAUGAAAAUUUCCACUUGAUAUUUUCCAUCUACCUGUACAAGACCCUUCAACUACUACUGCAUGAAUCGAGUGAGAUUUAACAAAAUCUCGAUGUUUAACCUAAAACCUAAAACAUGGCAGUUCCCGAUUUAUAUAUACAUAUAUGAUGAACUUGUGGUCGACACAUUCGACAACUGGCCUCUGUAGCUCAGUUUUUUAGAGCGCUGCACCUGAAUUUCAGGACCGCAGGUUCGAUUCCUGCCAGGAACCUGUAGUUUUCGCAUCUGUUCCUGGUUAAGGCUGAUUUCCACUGUUGCGUUUUUCAUACGUACGUAUAGGCACGUAAAACUUUAAAUCCGUUUAAAUGUUGCUUAUGAAAUAACCAAAUAAAUAAAGCAACAGAAUUUAGUGUUCCGCAAGUUUUAGUAUGCAUUUGUUAACUUACUUGUAAAAUAUUUAAAAAUUAGAAGGAUUCAAUGUUUUACGUGCGUGUACGUGCGUACGAAAAACGCAACAGUGGAAAUCAGCCUUUAUGUCUAAUAAAUGUAUAAAUUUUCACUCGAUAAUUUCCAUCUACAAGACCCUUUAACUGUGUCAUCUAUCUCUAUCUGAAACUCAAUGAAUAGUUUUUCUUGCUUCUACUGUAGGUUGGACCACCGUUAAAGAAUUUUGCCGAGGACAAGCGUUUUUUCCUUGGAAGUGGAUCUUUCGGCACGUGUGUUUAUGCCGGCAUUUUGGAAGAUGGCAGUGAAGUGGCUGUGAAGAGGAUGGUGAUACAAGUGUGUGAAGAUGCAGCUGAAAAUGAGAAAAAAAUAUUAAGUCUCAUUGAGACGAAGAAAUCACCAUUUAUAGUGAGUUAUCGCAAUUUUGUGAAGGACAAUAGAUUCAUGUAUCUGAUCGUUGAUCUUUGUGAAGAAACAUUGGAUGAACAUGUGCAUUCUCAAAAUAUUCAACAUCUACGAAUACACGGUCGAAGAAUGAUCAGAGAAAUGUUAACUGGACUUAAAUUUCUUCAUGAUCAAGGAAUUUUACAUAGAGAUCUCAAACCAUCAAAUAUCCUGGUUGAUGUCGACGGUCACUUGAAAUUGGCAGAUUUCGGAAUAAGUCGUGUUCUGAACGAAGAUGAAACCACAGUUCGUACUGAUGCGAAAGGAACGGAAGGCUGGAUGGCUGUUGAAGUUAUUCAGACCAUAGGUCAAGUAGAAAAAGGACGUUUUAAAAGGAAAUCUGAUAUUCAAUCAGCAGGAAUGAUUGCUUUCUUCAUUUUAACCACAGGUGGACAUCCCUUUGGUUCUACUAAGUAUGAACGUAUGACAAAUAUUGUGGCUGGAAAUCCAGUUAAUUUGCUAACCCUUGAUGAUCCUGAUGGUCGACAGUUUGUUUCGCGCUUGAUUAGCCAUAGAGUGUAUGAUAGACCAUAUGCUCUUGAAGCAUUGUUACUCCCUUUUAUGGAUGAAUAA